AUGGCCGAUGUUUAUCAAUGGCGCAGAAGGAUUCAGCCUGGUUUCUCCCACACUCUCCUGCCUGUCGGCGAGCAAGAUGAGACAGAGCCAGACAUCACAAGCGGUUUCGGCUCGUCUCGCAAGAAGGUCCGACCCAAGAUCAGCUCCUACUUCUCCCACCGUGGUCCUUCCACAAAUCAUGGCAGAUCAUCCAUAUGGUUCGCCGAUCAGCGCGCCUCCUUCAAGGAAACAAUAUCCUCCCCUUAUCAAACUUGGCCUGGAGGAUGCGAGCCCGAUCCCGAUCAGAUCAUGGACUCGAUCAUGCGCACGCUGAUAGCAGAGCCCUAUCGCCCUCUGGAUGUCAAGCACAACUCACCUCUGCUCAUGAUCUUCGAAGGAUUUCGCAACCUUCGCGACGAAAACGCCUCUCUGGUGCGCAAGCUGGAGUACGAAGUCGAGACCCGGUUCGCAUCACAUCACGGAUUGGAACUUGAACGACAGAACUGGCAACGAGAAAGAGAAGAGUAUCAGGCCGAAGUCAAGAGGCUUGAACUCAUCAUCUCGAAGGAUAAGGAAGGAGUCGCAGAAGUGAUGCGCGCCAGGCAAGGUAGUUUAUUGCGCAAGGAGCAUAGACGGCGUACUGCAUCUGGUGCCAACACGAGGAGAGAUGAUCCUAGAGAGACUGUUUUCGAAUUUCUCGAAAGGACAAGAGUCGAAGACGAGAAGAAGCAGGAAGCCGCCAGAAAGGCCCAACGAGGUUUGUCGAUCCUCUCUCGGUCUUUGAGAACAUCAAGAACUCACAGCAUGAACANNGUACCCUUCCGUAAUCGCCCUGUUUCUCCGUCCCAGAAGAUGACAAUACUAUCACACAAAUUCUCUACCACCAACCACUACAGCGAUUUCGAAUCUCCACCUAGCCCUCAAGACUUUACAAGCCUCUCCCAGGCCUCCAUGUUCGAACUGCUGGCUGGAAGACCGUCUUUCUCUGACACCGACUCGUCGGAGAACGAGUCUACCCAAUAUCAACAACAUACAGGUGUGAUCGGUGACGAGAGAGCGACGGAUGUACCGCAACUCGAUGAAUUCAUACUUGGACGAAAUGCCAGCACCGAAGUUGAGCCUCAACCGGCCCAUCAUCCUAGCAUUCGUACACCCUCAUUCGAAUCAGGCAGUACGGAACAGCUCAUGUCUCGCACUCCCAAAGCUCGCCCAGGGUCGCUACAUCUGGACCAUUCACGCAAGUUUUCUUUUGAUUACGACGACGCCGAUAUCCGUCCCAUUCAGGUCAAGUCACCGUAUGCAGUCAACUCUCCUCUGCAGAGGAGCGUUUCUGUAGACCAGUUUGCUAUGAAGCGAACAUCACCAUCUCCGCUUCAUGUCUCGGGCACCCUGGCCGCAGACAGCGUUGUUUCAUCACCGAUCAUGAUGUCUGUCUUAGAAUCUCCAGGCAUAUCUAAGAUACCCAGUCCAGUGUUUGACCCAUCCUUGGCAAGACCGAGAAGGGAAGAUUCAUCAUCAAGCCUCCUUACUGCUAUCAGAGCCCCUGAAGGUGACUCAAACCACAGCAGAGCAACUUCAAGAUCGAGCAACCCUUUGGAUAGCCCUCACCUAUCGUCCAGUCUUCGAGGCAGCGGAGAUUCGACCAAUAGUCAACGCCAUUCUGGACGUUACGGUGGCAUGCACGAUGUGAACAUGGCGGUCGCUGCUGCACGUGCUGCUGUUCCUUCCAAUUCGCCAAAGCCAUUGGCAGACUUACGUGCGUCAUAUCACGCCAACGCAUGA